AUAAAAACAAAAUUGAAAUUUAAUAUAUCCAAUCAUCAUCAAUUCGAAUAUUCGAAUGAUUGUGAUGAAAAACGAAUGGCUCCACCCUCAGGGAAAAAAACCUGCUUUUGCUUCGUACUUGAUUGCCGAUGAUGAUAAAAACUGUUUGUUGUUGUUGUUUUUAUUUUUUUUUUGCAUUUGUUGUCCAAUUUUCAUCAUUUUUCGAUCAUGAAUAAUAAUUCGAUCCAUAAGGAAUUAACAUUUUCGACUGAAUUACGUCGUUUACCAGCCAAUAUUAUUCAUCAAUUAAUUGGUCUACUUGAUAUUAACGAUAAUUGGAAAUUAUUAGCUGCAAUUAUUACAAAUCCUGAUCAUCCUGAAAGGUUUUUAUUCCGUUCAACGGAUAUUACCAUUCUAGAUGAACAACGUAAACGUCCCGGUGGUAGCGCGGCCAAUGCAAUGAUUCAACAUUGGUCUACAUAUGGUCAACAAAGACAUACAAUAGGAGAUGCUAUUCAAUUUCUUGAACAAUCAGGUCUUGUUCGUGCUGCUGAAUUGAUUCGAAAUUCGGUUUCGGUACAUCAAAAAUCAUCAACAUCAGAUGUCAUUAAUGAUCACAAUGAUGAUAUUGUUAAAGUAUCCGAUCAGAAUUGGACCGAUCUACCAGGUUAUAGAUCACGGGCAACAAUGGCCAGACCAACAGCACCAAAUGAAUCACUUAUGUCAUUCACAACAAUCGAUUAUAAUAUUGAUAAUCAUUCCACAGAUCAACAAGAUACCACUACUACUGCAAAUUCGAAGGAUUCACUUAUUCGAUUUUCAUAUCAAAAUCUUCGUCUUGCAACGGAUAAUUUUUCAUCAAAAAAUCUAACCGAUGGUGGUACCAAACUUGGCGAAGGUUCAUUCGGCGAAGUAUUUCGUUGUGCAACAGCAUUACUCAAUCAUUUUCGUAUUAAUGAUACAAAAUUCGUAGCCGUUAAACGUUUCAAACAAUUAUCGUUGGAAGGCAAUAACAAUGAUUUUAAUGAAUUUCUUGCUGAAUUAAAUAUUAUGUAUCAUUUUCGACAUCCAAAUCUUGUCAGAUUAUUUGGAUAUUCAGAUGAUGGUCCAAAUCUUUGUAUUGUAACCGAAUAUAUGCAGAAUGGUUCUCUCUAUAAUUAUCUGUUUGGAACACAACAACAAGAUCGACGACCAUUAUCGUUUGCCGAACGUUUACGGAUACUUACCGAUAUUGCCGAUGCGAUCGUUUAUCUGCAUACAUAUUCGAAUCACGGUUUGGAUAAACCAUUUGUCCAUCGUGAUAUAAAAAGUGCGAAUAUCCUAUUGGAUGGACAACUUUGUGCACGAUUAGGUGAUCUUGGUCUUGUACGUCAAGGUUCAAAUUCCAAUACGGAAACAACUAUUGUAACACAAACGGUUAAAGGAACCAGUGUAUAUAUGGCACCAGAAGCAUUUCGUGGUGAUGUUUCUGUGAAAGUGGAUACAUUUAGUUUCGGUGUUGUUUCAUUAGAAUUAUUGACCGGUAUGGCUGCAUUCGAUCCUAAUCGUGAUGAAUCCGAUAUGGUAUCGUAUAUUGAUGAAAUGAUUGGUGAUGAAUUUGAUCAAACAACAAAUUAUGAUCGAAAUAUCAAUCUAAUCGAAUCAAUUAAACAAACAUAUCAACGAUGGAAUAAUCCAACAAAACUUGAGCAGAUAUUUGAUCAAAAAUGUACGGAUUGGCCACAACAAUUGGCCACAAAAUUGAUGAUUUUGGCAAAAUGUUGUAUUGAACAACGAAAACGAAAUCGACCCACAAUGAUUGAGGUACGAAAUUUUCUUGAUCACCUGUUGCGUACAUAAAAAUAAUACCGUUAUGGUACAGUUCAUUGGCGACAUCAUUUUUUACGUAUAGAUCGUUCCAGAAGAUUUUGUUCAGUUCGAUCUUGUUCGGAACGAUAAUGA